GUGACUGAGGCACACGAGCAGCGAGUAACUGGUGAAGAUCGGCACCUGGGUCGCUGCUGAAGGGGCGAUGCAGAGUAAGAAGGGGAGGGGGAACUUCAAUCCCCAGAAAGCUUUGCGCGUCUCUCCCCGAUCGCCGACCUGUUCCGGCUCCUCCUUUUAUUAGAAUAUGCAGACAGGAGGCACGUUUAUUUCCCCCCCCCAGCUCCUCCAGAGCCCCACCCGUUUAAUCCGCCCCGGGUGCUAGCUUGCUCCUGGAGCCGUGCCAGCAAGGCGGAGUUAAAGUGACAGGAGAACAACAAAGCGCCCGACUGCGGAAUAGCCUCUCGUGCGAAGUCGUGGAGCCCGGCCUGGAAAAUGGCUGGGACCGGCCGAGGGCCGCCUGGCUCUUGGCAGCGCGCUGCGGGGGCCAGAAUGACUGAGUGCCGCUGCUGCGGGGCUGGCCGGCCGUGGGCGGGGCACGUCCCGUCCCCACUUCUGAGCACGUGCUCCCGGGCGCCAAGGGCCGGGAGGCUCCACCUCGCUCUCCGGCUGCCUCUCUCCGCGGCCAGGGCUGGAGGCUGGGACCCAGGGGCAGGUGGCCCGGCCCAGCUCGCUGUAGCGGCGGGCGGACAUAGGGGGGCGGCAGCACCCCAGCAGCGGGUGCCCCCGGCCCGCCCCCUAGCACUCGCCGCCCUAGGGAAGGGCCGGUCCCUUCGUGACUCGCUGCGGGAGCCGGAGCGGCAGCGGCGCGCUGGGCUCUUUGGUUUCUCCUUCCCUUCCCGGCACAGACACACACACGUGCUGCCCGGCCUCCCGGGGGCGCGUCGUGGGCGGCGGGAGCCAGAGGCCGGCUGCUGGCGAGCCGCGGUGGGAGCUGCGUGAGCGGAGAUGAAGCCCCUGACGAGGCGCUGCUGCUCCGAGGAGGGGCUGUUGCUGCAGGUCACCCUCCUGCUCAGCCUGGCGGGGCUGCGGCUGGACCUGGAUCUCCGCCGGUGUAACGACAGAAACAGUGACCGCUCCAGAUUCCCGUGCAUCCUCAUGGACCAGACGGCAGCAAUUCCUGAGCAGGAGCACAGAUGGUUUCCUUAUGUGGCAGAAACUGAAGCUAGUUGGAAAACGGGAGGGUUGCUCAAAGUGACGUUACACCGGGGAGAUGGCCUCAGCAAGAGUGGUCCCCAAGAGGGCCCCGGCCACCCCCUCUCCGCCCGCGGGAGCAGCCUGCAGCAGCAGGCCCAGGAGGAAGGGGAUGGAGGAGUUGCAGCGGCCCCCGGAGCCGAGCCCAGCCCUGGGGGGAGUGACUGCCCUACCCUAGAGGAUGUAGACUUGAAAACUGGUCAGGAAGCUUUGGAUUACUAUUAUCCGCAUAAAGGAAGUGAACAAUCAGAAUCGCAAGAGGGGGAGGAGAAGAUAAAGCAGGUGAAUGAAGAAGAAAAUGAACAAAAGGCUAAAACUGAGGGGGAAGAGAGAGAAAAUACAGAUUCUAGCACUGAGAGCAACAGAAAUUCCAUAGAUUCCUUUCCCUUCUUGAAGGACUGUUUGCUGCUGCAGUCAUUACAGACAGAAAAUGCACUAGAGAGCAGAAUUGAAAACACCAGCUCUACCUCCCAGUCUACAGCGGGGCUAGUACGUGAUAACUCCAUAGAAGAAGUAUGGCAAGACUUUCUUCUGUCACCUGAGCUACAGGAGAUUUCACUAGGAGAUACUCAACCUGUAGCUAGUAGUAGCAGAGGCAUGAAUUCAUUAUCAUCUCACUACACUGUAAAUUUGACCCACGCUAUUAGCCAUAAUGUUUGCCUCCAUGAAGCUAUGUUACUGAGAUCAAACCACAGCACUAGAGUAAAUCCAGAAAUAAGGAGUGUACAGAGACAAGAGUCCUUUCUGCAGUUAAAUUCUAGCAUCACAAACCCCGAAUCAUUACUUAAUGGGACUAAUUUGGGGUUAUUUCCAUCUGUUGACAUUAGGAACCUAACACACCAAGAUCUUCUUUCAGACCUUGAUGAGAACAUCUUUGAUGAGGUAAAUCUAAUGGCAUUAGCAUUGGAGGAAGGUUUUGAUCCUAUAUAAGUCUCUCAUCUUUUUCAAGAACCUGACUCAGUUUCUGGACUUUCUUUAAAUUCAAGCCAGAGCACAACCUCUUCAAACAAUUCUGAUUCAUCAUCUGUUUCAACCUGCAGUGAAGGUGCCAUUGGAUACAGUAGUGAUAUAGAAUAUACUUCCCACAAUGGCUUAGGAGGUGUAGGGGGUCAUUACCCAGAGCGUAGUAAACACUGCCAUGUGGACUAUCAAAGCGAUUCAGACUAUUGCGAGGAAUCCACACUUCAAUAUAUUCUUCAUAAUCACACUUACAAUCACCUGCCAAAUGAAUUAGCAUCCACUUCUAAGCAUCAUUCUUCAUCAUCUGAGAAAUCAAACAAAGUAAAGGGCAGGUGCCUCAAUAGCACAGAUAAUCUUAGCCACGAUGAACGCCAUGUGAAAGCCCUGAGAAUUCUGUUUUCUGUACAUUAAAUUGUGAGCAUGCCUAUUGAUAUGUUCAGCAACAUGUUAUCAAAUCUGACAGAUAUUCAAAUAUCACUUAUACGUGACAUAAGGCGAAGAGGGAGAAACAAGGUUGCUGCUCAGAACUGCUGCAAACGUAAACUAGAUGUGAUCCAGAGCUUGGAAGAUGAUGUGUGUAAGCUUCAAGCCCAAAAAGAAAGCCUUAAGAAGCAGAAAUCUCAGUGCAAUAAAUCAAUUAGCCUUUUGAAGCAAAAACUAAAUGACCUUUAUUAUGUAAUUUUUAGUAGGUUAAGGGAUGACCAGGGCAGACCUGUUAAUCCAAGCCAGUAUGCUCUUCAUUGCAGGAGUAAUGGCAGUGUUUUGAGAAUACCUAAGAGACUGGUCACAUCAGAACAGAAACAAAAAUAAAUAAUAUUAAAAUCACUACAUUAUUUAGAACUCAUUCUGCUGACAGUGUGGUCAAUAUAGUGGCAUAAAUGCUGGAGGCUAAGAAUGCUUAUGAACAUGUUAAAGACCCAAACAGUAGUAUUUUGAGACUUGUGCGUAUGGCCUGCAUCCUUAAUUAUUGGGAUGGUUUUUUAUAUAUAAAUAUAGUAAAUUGUCAACACAUAGAAGCUACAGCAGUAAAAACCUACUAGUUUGACUGAGCUGCUGAAAUUUAAUUGGAGUUAUUGGAGGAUGCCAGGCCACAAGCAGAAGUAAAAUUUCUACUUAGUGUGGAGUUAUUGCCUUUAAAUGAGUUUGCGCACAGUAUUUGCAAAUAAAUAUUUCACUGAUAUAAUUGUAUGGAAAAAGGGUUAGAGGGAGCAGACAGGUAUAUAAGUUGUCACACAUGGAAUUAGGAGACUUCUCCCUAUUUUGUAGAGAAAUUGAAGGAUCAAUGCAAAAAAAAAAAAAAUUGAGACCAGAUGGAGAGGAAAAAAGUAUUUCCUUCCUAACUACAAAACUCUUGGAAGGUAAAGUGGCCUUAAAUUUUGAUUUAGUCUGUUAGCACUGGCAUAAUUUUAUAAAAAGCAAAAAAAGGUUUGGCUUAAAUUCCAGGUGGUUUUAUGUAUUUUUCUCUUUUUAGGGAUGUAAAUUAUUAUUUUUGUACUAGUUUUCUGAAGAGGUCCUGGA